GUCUGUGGCUGGAUCCAAGGGCGACGGAAACGUGCCACCGGUCAACGUCGAUGUAGUCCACGAGCAGCCGUCUGUUGCAUUUGCUGCGGCUCAGAAUGGCCAUGGAAGCAUCACCGAAUCGAGCCAACUGAUCGACACAUUUGCGCCGGAGAGCGGCUUGCCGACCUCGCACAGCAGCAGCAAUCCAUGGCACAGACGGUUGGCUACGGCUCGUAUGACCCGUCGUUCGGCCAGCUGCCGCCCGAAGCGCAGUUUCCGCAAAACAUGAACGAGCAGAUGCCAAACGCCAUGCCUUCUUUUCAGCAAGGCUCGCAGUACAGCGCCAGUCCAUCCCAUCCCUGUGCCGACUAGCACAAUAGCACCCGGUGGUGAGGCUGGCGAGAACCCAUCCAAAUUCAUGUCAGUGGUGAGCGCAAUUCCGGGCGUCGGCAAGCUGUUUGGCGAGCAAAAAGAACAAGGACGAAGCAGGAGGAAACCCAGCAGCAGCCGCCCCCACGGCCCUGACCCGAGCACCAACUCGUACAUGUCAGGCUCCGGAUCAUACAUGUCUGGUGGUCCUGGCUCCCCGGUGGCCGACGUAAGCCCGCCGGGAGACACAGGGAUCAUGGAGAAAAUAGUGGAUAUUAUGGACAGCUUUGCGCUGCCUGCGCUUAUCUUUGGCGCAAGGUCGCUGGUAAAGCGGGAAAUCGCGCCGCUGGUGGGCCGGUAUGCAGCCGAUUAUCCGCUGGUGGAAGCCGAGGAAGAGGCCGGCAGUGCACCCCGACCCAUACGCCGCGGGGACCCAGAGGAGUUCAAGUUCGCGGCGCCAGGGCUGCGGUACAAGGAUAUUGACCAGCGGCUGGAGAACGUUGUGCUGCGGCCGUUCUCGAAGGUACGCAAGUUCCGCCGCGCGCCCGAGGUCUGGGACGACACUGAGGCAUUGGCAAUUGCCGAUAAGGUCAAAGCUCACAAUAAUGCAGCCAGACAUGCCGUCAAUGUGGAGAGGACGCGGCGGACACGCAGCCUGGGCACUGCCCAGAAUGCCAAUAAUGAGUCGCUGCCGAAUCCUAGGCGAUCUAGGAGGCAGCACGCAGUAUUGACGGGCAUGAGGGCAGCGGUAUCCGUGCAAUUGGCAGCAAUGCACGCGGCCUCAGUGGGUUCUUGGGCCGGUUUGGGCGUGGCGGCCAGGCCGACGAUGGCACGCCGCGCGGGCGGUCGCGGAAUAACAGCCUGGUGUAUGACGGCAGCAAGAGUCCGACUGCGCAGGGAUUCACUCGCAGCGGCGAUGGCGAUGAUGAGGAAGAGGAGGAUCGGUCAACAUCCCAGCCUGGCCGUGCCCCCAGUGACGCUGCUGUCCACCACGAGGGUCCGCCGGUAGAUAAGCAGCAGGCGCCGGGUCUGUUUAAGCGUAUGUUGGGUGGCAUCGGGCAGUCUAGCAAGCAGACUACUGGCGACCCGAAUGCUGGCAAGCUGCCGCCUAUGUUCCCGCCAUUCAGCCAUUUGCCAGCG